AUGGCAGAUUUUGCGAAGUCUAUAUUCGGACUUGUAAACUAUCAUAAGAAGGAGAACAGUCAAUCACCAACACCUCCACCUAGUUCAUCUUCCAACACAAAUCAAUCAAUUCACCACCAAUCACAAGAGUUUAAACCAGGGCAGUCGCCCAACGACUACGCUAGAAACCAGCAACAACAACAACAGCAGCAGCAGCAGCAGCAACAACAUUACAGCCACCAUUAUGAAGACCACGGAGUCAAUAAAUUAAUGCCAAAAGGUUUGGUAAACGUUGCACCAACAACAGCCACAGCCGUAUCAACUACUUCCUCGGUUUAUGGCACGACCUCGUCAAACAUCAACAAUGACCCCGGAGCAUACUUAAACCAAACAUUUAAAACCAACGGUUUACAUCCACAACAACCAUUUCGCAACAGCUCUCAGUUCCAACCUUCAUCUUCACAAUCCCAAUUCAACGAAACCCGCAGACAAGAACAAACACAAGCACGUGCGACGAUGGAUUCAUCGCCAAUGAUUAUAACAACUGACGAAACUGGCCAAACAAUCAACUCCAGUGGCAACAACACACAACCAAAGGGUAAACUUAAGGUUACUAUAAUAGAGGCUAGAGACAUUCAAGCCACACAGCCUUAUGCCGUAUGUACAUUCGAAAGUUCAGAGUUUGUCACCAAUGGGCCAGACUCAUUUGGCAAGUCCCCAAUGACAGGUCACGCUGCUGGUGGUGGUCCCAAAAACAUGUACAAUGCAAACCAUGGACUGAAAGCAUUACCUAUGAAGAACCAACGACCACAGUUGUACCAAAGGCAAUUGUCGACUCCUCAGUUGAAUCUAGGAGGUGAAUCGACUAAUCCCAUAUGGAACCACCAAGCAACAUUCGACGUGGUGGGAUCUAAAUCUGAACUUGAUAUUUCGGUUUAUGACGCUGCUAGGGACGAUGCAUUUCUUGGCCAUGUGAGAAUAUUUCCAUCCACUGUAAAGAAUAAGAAAAGUCCUAGCGAAUGGUUGCAGCUUGGAGCAAGAAUAGUUGGAGAAAGAGUAUCUUCUGGUUCCAUUCAAAUACAGUGGGAAUACACCUCAUACGAUGGAAAAAAGGCUUAUGGCCCAGAUGAUUUUGAGUUUCUUAGAUUGUUGGGUAAGGGAACCUUUGGGCAAGUGUUCCAAGUAAAGAAGAAGGAUACAUCGAGAAUCUAUGCCAUGAAGAUUUUAUCAAAGAAGGUUAUAGUGAAAAAGAAGGAAAUAGCCCACACUAUAGGCGAAAGAAAUAUUUUGGUUCGUACAUCUGCUGCCGCAUCGCCAUUCAUUGUGGGGUUGAAAUUCUCAUUUCAAACACCAGCAGAUUUGUUUUUGGUUACUGAUUACAUGUCUGGAGGAGAGUUGUUUUGGCACUUGCAAAAAGAUGGACGUUUUUCAGAAGAGCGGGCCAAAUUUUACAUUGCUGAAUUGGUCUUGGCGUUGGAGCAUUUGCAUGACAAUGAUAUUGUUUAUCGUGAUUUGAAGCCGGAAAAUAUUCUUCUUGAUGCGAAUGGACACAUUGCUUUAUGUGAUUUUGGUCUUUCAAAGGCUAAUUUGAACAAUGAUGGAACAACCAACACAUUUUGUGGAACGACAGAGUAUCUUGCACCCGAGAUUUUAUUGGAUGAGUCAGGCUAUACCAAAAUGGUUGACUUUUGGUCACUUGGGGUGUUGAUUUUCGAAAUGUGUUGCGGCUGGUCACCAUUCUACGCUGAUAAUACUCAACAAAUGUACAAGAAUAUUGCUUUUGGAAAAGUUAGAUUCCCCAAAGAGAUCUUGAGUUCUGAAGGGAGAUCUUUCGUCAAGGGUCUUUUGAAUAGAAACCCAAGGCACAGACUUGGUGCUACUGAUGAUGCGAGAGAGUUGAAGGCUCAUCCUUUCUUUGCUGAUAUCGACUGGAAUUUGCUAAAGGCAAAGAGUAUACCACCACCUUUCAAGCCGCACAUUACAUCCGAAACGGAUACGUCUAAUUUCGAUCCUGAAUUCACUUCUGAGUCCACUUCAGCGUUAAAGAAACAGAUGGAGAUGGCAUCUACCCCAUUGUCUCCAGGAGUUCAAGCAAAUUUCAAAGGAUUCACCUAUGUGGAUGAUUCAGCAAUGGAUGACCAUUUCGGCAGAUCAUACCGUAUGAACACCUUUAAGAACCCCGGUUCUUUUAUUCCAGGUGAUCCAAACUUGCCACCGGCAGAAGAUGCUGUCGAUGACGAUCAGAUAAAUGAAGAAGAUGAAAUGGAAGUUGACGAGGACCACCAAAUGGAUGACGAGUUUGUGAAUGGUAGAUUUGACUUAUAG